AUGGUAGUGGAGCCCUAUCCCUGCACUAUUGAUUGGUUCUUACUAAACCGUAGCUUUGGAUCGAUAAAGUACGGUUCGCAACAUCAUCUUUACCCAUCAGCAAAGAAAGUAAUGGGCAAAGAGUCAUCAGUUUUGUGGGUGUUGAUUGCCGGCAUCGUCGUAGCCUUCUUCUUGGGAGCUGGUCUUGGAGCAAAUGAUGUUUCGAACACUUUCGGUACUUCAGUUGGGAGCGGAGCCGUCACAAUCAUACAGGCCUACAUAAUGGCAACCAUCGUCAUGACGUUGGGAGCGGUGUUAGUAGGAUGGUCAGUUACAGACACAAUGAGGAAAGGAGUGAUAGAUGUUCAAAAUUACGCUGACGCUCCUCAUGAGUUGAUGUUAGGCCAGCUGGCAAUUUUAGGAGGAACAGCACUAUGGCUUGCAAUCACAACUGCAACAAAAAUGCCAGUGUCAACAACGCAUGCUGUGGUAGGAUCAACCCUCGGAUUCUCCCUUGUUUUGCGUGGCACUGAAGGCAUUAACUGGAGCGAAAUUUACACCAUUAUUGCUUCGUGGUUCGUGUCUCCCGCUCUGUCAGGAACAAUCUCUGUUGUCCUUUAUCUUAUUGUCGACUUCGCGGUUCUACGGAGAAAUCAUCCAUUUGAAUGUGGCCUACGAGCACUUCCUAUUUUCUACUUUUUCGUGAUAUCCUUUAAUGUUUUUAUGGUUACGUGGGAUGGAUCAAAGCUUCUACACUUUGACCGAAUACCACUUUAUGCUUGCAUUUUGCUUUCGAUCUGUACGGGAGUGAUAGCAGCACUACUUGUUAAUUUUGUCCUGAAACCAAGAUUGCAACGGAAAAUCCAAGCAUCCACUGCUGAUGAAAUCGAAUCAGUUCGAACGUCGUCCUUCAAGACCAUCCGGCUCCACGCUCUGAGCGAAACAACUGAAUGUAGCGAGGAAGGAACGAUUAUUCGAAGUAAGACCAGUUGGAAACGUCUCCUUCCAUAA